AUGGAGCUUCAACAUUUUAGUCACGAGCAUCCGUUGACCUUCAAUGAAGAGCUAAAUAAGGAUCAAGAGGGAUAUAUUUGCCAUGGGUGCACAAAACAAAUGGUGGGUCCAAAUUACAUUUGCAAAGAGUGCUACUGGUUUAUCCUUCAUAAAUCAUGUGCAGAACUACCUCGUGAGUUGGAACACCCUUUGCACCCCAAACAUCCCCUUCUUCUCAGUUAUAAGAUGUACCAGGAAAUGGAAAGCAAAUGUGACGGUUGCAAUAGAGAGAAUUUGUGGGGCUUCAUUUACCAGUGUUCUCAUCACUGUAAUUUUAGCCUUGAAUAUACAUGUGCUUCUUUACCACUCACCAUUGAAGCUGAAAUUCAUCGUGAACACCCAUUGACCCUCAUGCGGAGAUCUCUAACUUUCACUUGCGAUGCCUGUGGGGAAGAAGGCAAAAGCAUGUUUUACUUAUGUGCAAUCUGCCCAUUCUUUGUCCACCGAGAAUGUACUUCCUACCCAUUGCUUGUCAAACAUAUUCGUCACAAACACCCUCUUUACCUCACCAAUUCCCUUAAGCAGCCUCAGCUCAAUCAAUCUGACCAUCGACUUUGCCUACUCUGUGUUAAGAAGGUGAACACAAACUACAUGGUUUAUUAUUGCUCAACUUGUGAUUUUGUUACCCAUCUUCAUUGUGGUGCAAAUGAGCUACUGUGGGAUGAAUCUAAAGAUAUAGAGCCCAUUGAAGAUCCAUAUGUUGUCAAGAAAUCCAAACUGAGAGAGGACAAAGUUGAAAUAGCCGUGGAAAUCAAACAUUUUCGUCAUGAGCAUGACUUAAAGCUUAUUGAUGAGAAACUUGAAAAUGACGAAAAAUGUGACGGGUGUAUAUGGCCUAUUUACCCUCCAUUUUAUACUUGUACUCCAUGCAGAUUCUUUCUUCACAAAUCUUGUGUUGAAUUACCUACGAAAAAGUCGCACCCACUCCAUCAACACCCCCUCAUUCUCCUCUCCUCAAUUCUCCUCCCUGAGCCACGUGAUGUUGAUAAAUAUUUUGUUUGCAAUGCUUGUAGGCGCAAAUGUAAUGGCUUCGUCUAUCACUGUGACAAAUGCAACUUCGACCUUGAUGUCCAGUGUAGUUCGAUGCCUGACAUCUUUAAGCAUGAAGGUCAUGAGCACCGACUUAUUCUCUACAGUGCAUCAAAUUUUGAAAAGUGCAGUUCUUGUGAUUUUGGAGGACAAAUCUUUCGUUGUGCUCAUUGUGAAUUUACUUUGGAUUUCAAAUGCGUUACACUGCCGCUUACCACAAAAUACGGACCGUACGGACAAUCGUUCGCACUUUGUUAUAAAGUUGAAGAUGAUUAUGAUGAUGAGUAUUAUUGCGAUAUUUGUGAAGAACCAAGAGAUCCAAAACAUUGGUUUUACUAUUGUGGAGAUAUUGAUUUUCCUGCUCAUCCAAAAUGCAUUCUUGGGAAAAAUCCAUUAAUUAAGUUUGGGAAAACUUAUAAGUUUGACAAGCACGAACAUCGCCUCGCUUUUGUUGACAAUAGCAGCAAGAGCAUCCAUCCUACAUGUAAUGAAUGUGAUGUUCCUUGCGGUGAUUGGACUUUCGAAUGUGUCAAAUGUAAUUUCAAUCUUCACCAUUGGUGCUUAUAA